AUGGGCUACGGAGCUGCGCUGGCAGCCGCUUGCUUGCUGUGCCUCGGACUUACAGGGAUCCCAGAUGGAAUUGCUACAGCGGACUCAAGUUUCAGGAGAAGCUGGCAACUUCCCUGCGUGUUUGAGACCAGCAAGAUCAUUCCCCUGUCCAAGGAGCCCCAGACUGUCAGGCUGAACACCAGGCUCCUGCUGAGCAGGACUGGAUCAACAGAAGGUCAGAGGUCUCAGCCAGAAAACCUUCCUCCAGACAGCAUUCCCUCAUUUAUUGUAGAAGAGCCCUCGGUGGAUAUCCUGCAGUAUGUGGAUGAGGACAUGGACAAGCUUGAGUGCAGCAUCAGCCCUUCCUUCAUAGCAGACACCCAGACUGCCUGGCCUGGGAGAGAGGUCAGAGCCAACAGCUCCUGGUUCACGUGCACCCUAAGACACACAGCUGGAAAAUACAGAGCCACAGCCUUGCUCCUGCAGGAGCAGAGAGAGGAGACCCCAAACCCCGGGCAGCUCUUCCCAGGCAUUGCCAAGCAGUCACAUGUUUCAGCGCCCCUCCUGGUGCGCACCACCCCUGUCCUCCUCCACUUCUCCACCAGCCACCAGGCAGGUGCCAGCAUCCAGUGGGUGAUGCUCCAGCAAGGAGGGUACAGGAAACUCCUCUUGGCUUACGACGGAUCCAGCGGGCAGGUGGAACGGGUGGCUCGGGCUGAGGUGGCCCUGGAGGAGAUCCCCAAGGGAAAGGCUUCUCUGCUACUCAGAAACGUGGAGCUGAGAGAUGAAGGAAUCUACCUGUGUGUGGUGUCAGUGGCUUCCCUCACUGCAGAGCAGACAAUCCAGCUGCAAGUAGAAGAGAAACCCACAGUGACCACCAAUGUUGCCUCCUUGUCACUGGUGGAAGGUGAGCAGCAGAAGCUGGUCUGCAACAUGAAGCACUACUACCCGCACAGCAUCCAGGCUCAGUGGCUCCGGGAGCCUAAGGACCCCUGGAGGGUCCCUGAAAUCCUGCAGAAUGUUCUCUUGAGCAGUGUCCAGCAGAGCAUCAAUGGGACCUACAGCUCCUCCAUAUACUUCCUGCUCACAGCAUCUCUGAAGGAUGAUGGCCAUAGGUACACCUGCUUGGUAGACCACAAAAGCCUACAGACCUCCAUCAGGAGGAGUGUGACUGUGGAGGUGAGAGAGCCUACCUUCACUGCCUGGCUGCUGCUGCUCCUCAUCCUCAUCGUGUGUCUCAUGGUUGCCCUUUGGUACUACCAGAAAGAGAGGAGCACAGCUAAGCCCAAACCCUACUAGAGACAGCACCUCCAGUGCCAGCCAGGAACCAGCAACGUGACCACAGCUGGAGGACAGAGGUGGCUUCAUCUUGGGCUGGACUCACUUUGU